UCUGUCCGCAGUCCGGUCUUCCACAGAAGAAGCAGAGCUACAUCCGGCUCACUGUGCUAAUGUUUCCGCCCAGCGUUUUGUAAUCAGAAGUCCGGGCAUAACCGAAGGAAAGGAUGUUAUCCUGCGUGGGUUGUCCUGUCCUGAGCCGGGUUCUCAGCAGCGGUGCUUCACGUGUGCCUGCUGUUGCAGCUGCGGCUUCACGUGUUCCUGCAGCCUCCACUUCACUCAAUGCAGGCAGCAGCGUGGCAUUGGUGCGCUACAACACCACAGCUCAGCAGGAGAAACCCAAGAAGACAAAGUUUGGACCUCUUGCUGACCAGGACAGAAUUUUCACCAACCUGUAUGGGCGUCAUGACUGGAGGCUGAAGGGUGCACUGAGUCGGGGUGACUGGUACAAGACCAAGGAGAUCCUGGAGAAGGGAGUGGACUGGAUCCUCAAUGAGAUUAAAGUGUCUGGUCUGCGUGGCAGAGGAGGAGCCGGCUUCCCCACUGGAAUGAAGUGGGGCUUUAUGAACAAGCCCAGUGACGGCAGGCCUAAGUACCUGGUGGUGAAUGCUGAUGAGGGAGAACCUGGCACUUGUAAAGAUCGGGAGAUCAUGCGUAGUGAUCCGCACAAGCUGGUGGAGGGGUGCUUGGUUGCUGGCAGGGCCAUGGGAGCACGUGCUGCCUAUAUCUACAUCCGUGGAGAGUUCUACAAUGAGUCCUCAAAUCUUCAGGUUGCCAUUAAUGAGGCAUAUGGCGCAGGGCUUAUUGGCAAGAAUGCCUGCGGCUCAGGGUAUGACUUUGAUGUGUUUGUAAUGCGUGGAGCUGGGGCAUACAUCUGUGGAGAGGAGACUGCUCUGAUUGAGUCUAUUGAGGGGAAACAGGGAAAGCCUCGCCUGAAGCCCCCUUUUCCUGCUGAUGUGGGUGUGUUUGGUUGCCCGACCACAGUUGCCAACGUAGAGACAGUAGCCGUAGCCCCAACCAUCUGCCGUCGUGGCGGAACGUGGUUUGCUGGUUUCGGCAGGGAGAGGAAUUCUGGCACAAAGCUCUUCAACAUCUCUGGCCAUGUGAAUAACCCCUGCACUGUGGAGGAGGAGAUGUCCAUUCCCAUGAAAGAGCUGAUUGAGAGGCAUGCAGGUGGUGUCCGUGGAGGAUGGGAUAACCUCUUGUGCGUGAUUCCUGGUGGGUCAUCCACACCACUUAUCCCUCGUCAUGUGUGUGAAGAUGUUAUGAUGGACUUUGAUGCCCUCAUCCAGGCUCAGACUGGCCUGGGCACUGCAGCACUCAUAGUCAUGGACAAAUCAACUGAUGUAAUUAGAGCCAUCGCACGCUUGAUUGAAUUUUAUAAACAUGAGAGCUGUGGCCAGUGCACCCCCUGCAGGGAAGGAGUGGACUGGAUGAAUAAGAUGAUGUGGCGCUUUGUUAAGGGAGAUGCACGGGCAGCUGAGAUUGACAUGAUCUGGGAGCUCAGCAAACAAAUUGAGGGUCACACCAUCUGUGCUCUGGGUGAUGGAGCCGCGUGGCCGGUACAGGGUUUGAUCCGUCACUUCCGCCCCGUUAUGGAGAGCAGGAUCGCGGAGUUCCAGCAGAAGCAGCAGGCUCGGGCUUAGACUUCAUUUCCACCUCCUUUUUGCAAAGUCCUCUCAACGCUUCUUUCCCCUUUACCUUAUCACACAAUGUUAUUUAAGAAAAAGAGUGUUGUCUCUUACUGAUUUAUGAACUGUUAUCAGCAUCCACCUUGUGGUGCUUUGCCACCCUGUCUCAGAAUUGCUAAUAAAGUUCUAUGAACCUUAUUA